GGCGAGCUUCUCACCGAGCUCGUCGUCGCGCUCAAUCAGCUGGAUGCCGGCUCGGACCUCGUUCGCAGGCAGUGUGGGGGCGAGCCCAGCAGGACGCAGCAGCUAUGCCUGGAGCGCCUCGCCGAAAGCUGCGCGGCGAUGGGCGCUCCGCCUACUGAUUUGUCGUCCGAGGUGGCCCUCCGGGAGCUCCAGGUCGGCACCGCCUACGGGGACUGCGACCCCGUCUCGGCGGCCCCCUUCGCGCACGACCUCGUCUCCUUGCCGGCCGUCGGUGGCGCCCCGGUGCCGCUGGACCAGCUGCUCGGGAAAGACGGGCCAGAUAUCGUGCGGAGGUUUAUUUCUUCCAAGGUUUUGUCAAAUCAUGAUGCCGCUGAGGCAAAGAAGGACUCGGGUUUUGCGCGGCCGUGCCUGGAUCCAGUUCUCCGUCGGCGUGGAGACUACCUCGCCUUCAUCAGCCGACUGCGCAAAGCUAACAUGCUGGAUUUCAGGCUGGACGGCGACGACUUCGAAGAGGUCGGGCUUUUCACAGUUUGGAAGAAAGACGGUCGCCAACGUCUGGUGAUCGAUUGCAGGGGAUCCAACUUGCAUUUUGCAGAGCCUAACAAGACCAGCCUCGCUAGCGGGGCCAGCUUCAGUCGCAUGGAGCUUCAAGAGGGUGAGCAGUUGUGGACAGGGGGCGUGGACAUAGCCGAGUUCUACAAUAUGGGUUUGCCGUGUGAACUUCGACGUUACUUUGCUCUUCCUCGAUUGCGUGCCGCUGACCUUGGCCUCAAGGUCGUCGAGGGCCAGUCCGUGUCGAGCCGAGCCUGGGUCCGCCCGUGCUUGGCGGUCUUGCCAAUGGGCUGGUCGCACGCUCUCGAUUUCUGUCAGCGGGUACACCGCUCGAUCGUGCUGGAAAAAGGGGGCCUCCCUGGGGCAGCUGAGAUCAUUGACGGACGUCCGCCUGCGGAUGUGAGGGAGGGAGCUUUCACGCCCUACGUCGACAACUUCGUCGCCUUCGGCGCGGGGCCCGAGAGGCCUGGUGAGAUGUUGGACGCAGCUCGAAAAGCCCUUGAAGGUGUGGGCCUGCCGGUGCACCCGGCCGAGGCGCCUGUCACCGUUUCGGAGCAGCUGGGCUGGGUCUUCGACGGCGAGCGCGGGGCCUUGCGCCCCAAGAGUCGGCGUGUUUGGAGAUUGAGACUGGGGAUUCUGGAACUCUUGAAGAAGGGGUACGCCACGGGUCGCCAGAUCGGAAAGGUUGCUGGACAUUAUCCUUUCAUUGCUCUCGCUCAGAGGCCUAUGCUCUCCGCCUUCAGCGCCGUCUACAGUUUUUCCCGGAAGUACUUCUCCCGAGAGCCGGAGAUCGUCGACGACUUCGAGGGGGUGAGCACGGAGGGCGAGAGGUGGAAGGUGCAGGAGGUUUCGGGCGAGCUGUACGGGGGCAGGUGGCAGGUGGUGUCUAGUGGAGGAUGGGCCCGGGUUGAGAACAUCGUCGUCCUGGAGGGUCGGGCCAUCGUUCACUCGCUCCGGCACGCCCUUCGAGAUUCGAAAUCUUUUGGUCGUCGUCUCCUGUUCCUGUCCGACAACAUGGGGCUCGUGUGUGCAUUGCAGAAGGGGCGUUCGUCGGCUGGGGGGGUCCUCCGCAUCGCUCGGCAAUGGGCUGCCUGGUGCCUGGCGGGAGGCGUGCAGGCCUCCGUCCGCUGGAUCCCGUCGGAGCGCAACGUUGCGGAUGCUCCGUCGCGCCGCCGCAUCCCCCUCGGCGUGUGGCUGGACGGGGGCGCGGGCGGUGCUGAGCCGGACCUCGACCGCUGGGGCGUGCGGGACGGGAGCCUCCGUAGCCAGCGCGCCGACGUCGCGGCAGCGGGGGCGGAGCUCGACGAGCUUGCCGUCCGUGGCGCCGCCAGCGGCCCGCUCCGGGGCGCCCGGCGUCCCCCGGCGGCUGCGGGGCAAGCGGGCGGCCGACGGGAGCGAUCCUGUUCAGUCGGCGGUGCGCCGGCCUCGCCGCGUCGGGGCGGCUGCUGCCGCUGCGCGGCGGCAGGGGCGCGCGGCGCCGGCGCGGAGAGCUGCUCGCGCGGCUCGCCGGCGGGCGCGGGCUGCGCCCCGGGUCACAGGGGGGACUUUUCUGCAGAGCGCCUCGGUGACGCCGAGACGGUCGCGCAGUACGACACGCUGUGGCAGGACAUCUUUCGGGCGUGGGCAGCAACUGCGUGCGUGACCGGCGCCGCCCGAGUGCCCAGCGACGACGACAUGGGCGGCCUGCUUGCCAGCUGGAUGGACCGCGAGUACUUGGCCGGCGAGCUGUCGCAGCGCGGGACCAAGGCGAUGGCGGCGGUGAAGUUCUUCCGGCCGCAGUUCAGCCGCACGGGCGGCCUCUCGCUGCCGCGGGCAGCGCAGGCCUUGAAGGGGUGGAAGCGCCUCGCCCCGGGGCGGGCGCGGCUCCCGCUCCCCUGGGAGGUGGUGUCGCUGAUCGCGCUCGAGCUGGUCGCCGCGGGCUUCUGGGCGAUGGCUGCGUGGGUCGUCACCCGGGAGGAGGUGAGCAGCAAGACGAGGGAGUUCGACGAAACCGUGGUGUUCGACCUCGCAGAGUUCAGCUUCCUCCACAGCGUGCUCGCGUUCCUCAAGAGGAGCGCGCCGCCAAGGCAGCCUGUCUUCGACUUCCUGCGCGCGGCCCUCGUCCGCAACUUCAGGGCCGCGGCCGCGCGCGCCGAGGCUCCGCUCGACGCGACCGAUCGUUUCCCAGAGCCGGAGCGGCGGCAGCGCCUGGGGCAGCUCGAGGUCCGCGUCGCGGGGCUGUCCGCAGGCACGCUGUCGCUGCGCGCGCGGGCGGCCGAGGAGGCCCUCAGGGCUGCUCUCGCGGACUGCCAGGCGCACCAGGCGCAGGCGUGCCGCUGGCAGUGCCGCUGCGAGGCCGCGGAGGCGCGGUGCCGCGGCCUCGAGCAGGAGGCCUCCGCGCGGCCCCCGCUCGAGGAGGCCGCCGCGGCGCAGGCGCGCCUCGAGGAGGCGCUGCGCUCGGAGGCGCUGCUCGCCGCCGGCGCCCGGCGCGAGGCAGCCCGCCUGGAGGCGCGGGCGCUCCGCGACGGCGAGGCCCGCGGCCGGGAGCGGGAUCGGUUCCGCGCGGAGGUUGCGGAGCUGGAGGAGCUGCUGGAGGGC